GAGAGAGUUAUAGCUAAAAGAGAAAAUACGGCAGAAAAAAAAAAUAUAUAUCGUUGUUUUCUGUAUUAGGGUACUGAGAAUUAUUUGUAUUAAGAUAUUAAUUCACUUUGUGGAAGCAUGGCUCCUCUUAAGAGUGAGAAUUCCACCACUAAACUGCAACCAACUUCUCCAAAUGAGUCAGUUUCAGAAACUAAAAAAAGUAUUGUAUCUUCUGACAUGGAGCAAAAUACUAGCUUAACUCCACCAAGCCUCAACUUCCCACCUCUGAAAUUUGAGUUGGAUGCGGAUGUUGAAAUCCAGUCACCGGACAGUUCAAUAUGGGAGACGUUUUUUUCCGAUCAUUUAGAUGGUGACUUCAUGAUCUCAUCUCCAGUGAGGAAUUCGCCAUCUCCACAAAUUUCAACUUACAACUAUAAUUACAACUAUCCUCAGGCAAUGCAGGGGCAGAGUCUUUCAGGGUGCUCUCCUCCACGCUUUUCAUCUCAGCUUGGAGCUUUUAGUAGUACCCUGAAAUCAAGAGGGCAAAGCCCACUUCAUAAGGUGUUUAACUCUCCAAAUUACCAGUCUAUGCAAUCGGAUCAGGGUCUUUCGUUGCCUGCGAUUGAAGAACUCUUGGAUGAUUACCAAAAAGAUGGGUACGGGAUGUUCUCACCGAUGAAAAUAUCAGGUAGUGGAAGUUCCCCACAACUGUUUGAUAUGCCUAGCACGGUUCCAGCGAUCCUGGACUGCUUAACAAUGCCCAUUUCUUCAAGGCUUUGUGGAUCAAUGAGUGAAACAUCGUCGACGGCUGGUGGUUCUCAACUGAAUCAAGAGAAGGAUAUCUAUCAAAUGGGCUCCAUUGGAACUGCACCAUUAUCACAACAACUGAAACAAGAGCGUCAUCAGGAGCAACAACAAACGCAACUGCAGCAACAACCACCACCACCGCAGCAGCAGAAUAUUAACCAUAACUUGAUGGCACCUCUUCCAAUUAGUUCUGAGCAGGAACAAGACAGUGGGCUUCAGUUGGUGCAUCUCCUUCUUGCCUGCGCCGAAGCAGUGGCCAAAGAGGACUACAUGUUAGCAAGACGAUAUCUACAUCACCUCAAUCGAGUGGUCUCACCGCUCGGUGACUCCAUGCAAAGAGUUGCCUCCUGCUUCACUGAAGCCUUAAGCGCUAGGCUUGCGGCAACCCUCUCCACCAAACCCAGUACAUCUACCACAAAACCCUUCACUUCUUUCCCACCAAACUCCCUGGAAGUCCUUAAAAUUUACCAAAUUGUGUACCAAGCCUGCCCCUACGUAAAGUUCGCGCAUUUCACAGCUAAUCAAGCUAUUUUUGAGGCUUUUGAAGCCGAGGAACGCGUGCAUGUCAUUGACCUAGAUAUUCUCCAGGGCUACCAAUGGCCAGCUUUCAUGCAAGCCCUAGCUUCUAGACCAGGAGGCGCUCCAUUUCUCCGAAUAACUGGAGUUGGACCUUCAAUAGAAUCCGUGAAAGAAACAGGCCGAUGCUUAACGGAACUUGCCCACUCUCUCCAUGUACCAUUCGAGUUCCACCCAGUUGGGGAGCAACUCGAAGACCUUAAGCCACACAUGUUCAACAGACGUGUCGGCGAGGCUCUUGCCGUGAACGCAGUGAACAGCCUCCAUCGUGUCCCGGGAAAUUGUCUAGGAAACCUAUUGGCAAUGAUCCGUGAUCAAGCCCCAAAUAUUGUAACGCUAGUUGAAAAAGAAGCAAGCCAUAAUGGACCAUACUUCUUAGGCCGAUUCCUUGAGGCAUUGCACUACUAUUCCGCAAUUUUUGAUUCAUUAGACGCAACGUUUCCACCAGAUUCCGCACAGAGGGCAAAAGUGGAGCAAUACAUUUUUGCUCCCGAGAUACUGAACAUAGUGGCGUGUGAGGGAGCCGAGAGAAUAGAAAGACAUGAAAGGCUGGAGAAAUGGAGAAAGAUGAUGGAGGGAAAAGGGUUUAAAGGAGUGCCAUUGAGCGCAAACGCGGUGACUCAAUCGAAGAUAUUGCUAGGAUUAUAUUCAUGCGAUGGGUAUAGAUUGACAGAAGAUAAAGGUUGCUUGCUCUUGGGGUGGCAAGAUAGAGCCAUACUUGCUGCUUCUGCAUGGCGAUGCUAA